AUGGAGACGGUCAUGGAGAGAGAGAUUAGCGCGCUGGGAGGACUUUUCCAAACGGUCAUGAGUGAUAUGAAGUGCAGUUAUCCUGUAUGGGAGGAUUUCAUUAGUAAGGCAGGGAAACUGCAGUCUCAGCUCAGGUCUACGGUUAUGGCUGUUGCUUCCUUCCUCGAUGCCUUUCAGAAAGUGGCAGACCUGGCCACGGGCAGCAGGGGUGGUACCAGGGACAUUGGUUCUGCUCUCACCAGGAUGUGUAUGAGACAGCGCAGCAUUGAGGCCAAAAUACGACAGUUCUCCCUGGUUUUUGUGGACAGUCUGAUAAAUCCUCUGGAAGGUCAGAUUGAGGAAUGGAAACGAGCUGCCAACACACUGGACAAGGACCAUGCUAGAGAGUAUAAAAAAGCCCGUCAAGAGAUUAAGAGGAGGUCUUCAGACACUCUCAAACUGCAGAAGAAAGCCAAAAAAGGGCGUGGAGACCUGCAGCCUCAGGUGGACAAUGUGAAACAGGACAUGAGUGAGAGGUACCAGCUGUUGGAGGAAGGAGAGAGACAGGCUGUGAGGAGGGCACUCAUAGAGGAAAGAGCGAGAUUCUGUUCCUUUGUCUCCAUGCUCAGGCCAGUGCUGGAGGAGGAAGUGUCUAUGCUUGGUGAGCUGACACAUCUGCAGACCAUCUCUGCUGACCUAAGGAUUCUCACUAUGGACCCUCACACACUGCCACCUGCCAGUGAACAGGUAAUCAUGGACCUAAAGGGAUCAGACUACAGCUGGUCACAUCAGACUCCGCCCUCUUCUCCCAGCACAUCUGUGUCCAGGAAGUCAAGCCUGUGCAGCAGUCUAAACAGUGUGAACAGCAGUGACUCGCGAUCAAGUGGCUCUCAUUCUCAUUCGCCAACCUCACACUAUGGCUAUCGUGGCUCCGCCCAGCCCCAGCAAGGCCCCACCCGCCUUUCUAGUGUCUCCUCCCAUGACUCAGGCUUCAUCUCUCAGGAUGCCUGUCAAUCAAUUUCGGCAUCUCCCAUGCCUCCAGAGUCCAGCCCACAGGACUGGACAAGGCCUGGUCCAUAUGACCAGCCUGUACUAAACACUCUGUGGAAGAAGAAGGAGAAGAGGGAGGGGCCAGACCCCGGCACCACACCAGGGCCAGAGAGGCCCAGCCCCACAGAUGAAACCCAAAGACCCAGAACCACCAAGAACCCCAACAUCUCAGUCCAGGCCCAUGAGGAGCUGGCUCUGGUUCUGUCCCGUGGACUCCAGUUGGACCUUCAGCAUUCCCCAGGAGAGUCACUGCAAGGAUCCAGUGGAUACAACACACACACACACACACCCUGCUGCCCAGAGGACAUGUCACCAUCACAGGUGUCAGACUGUGAAUACUUCUCAGUGGGCGGGACUCGGGAGGAGCAGCAGGCUUUUGAUAGGUUCUCUGUCAUCUCACGGAGCGGUGACAUCAGCCUAACAAACCACAGAGUGUUCCAGUCCAAGCGCACGGUGACUCCGCCUUCUUCAGCUGGGCCUGUUAUCAUCACGCCUGGUGUGGCCACAAUCCGUCGCACCCCUUCCUCAAAACCAGGUCCCCGCCGCCCCCCCACAGGUGGCCCUAUCCCCAUCAGAACUCCGGUGGUGCCCGUCAAAACACCCACUGUCCCAGGGAUGCCAAUCAGAGCCUCUGUUACUGCGAAGGGGGAGGGGCCCCAGCCCAUAACCACAGAGCCAGAGAAAAAUGCCCAAUCAGUGACUGAGGGGGCGGAGCUUGCAGCCGCUGAGGGCGAUGACAUGCUGUCGGCCAUUCGCAGAGGGGUUAAGCUGAAGAGAACAACAACCAAUGACCGUUCGGCUCCACACGUACACUAA